AUGGAGAGCCGAGACGCCGACACAGAUCCAACUCAGGAACCGCGACGCGAGGACACAACGGCGGGGGGUAACGCGAGGAAAGAUGGCAAAGGCAAAGACAGAGAGGUCGCACUCAGCGAUCGCUUGCGAGCAUCUGGACGAAUGGCUCUGAACGCAGCCGCCACAGGGCAACCGUCGUUGUCUCCUACUGGCUCUAGCAGUGGCAAGGCUUCCUCUGGAAACCAAAAUGAGAGCUCAAUACCCGGGUCUGUUCUGGCGGAGGCUUCUCAUCACCACGCCGCUCCAGGACUAGGGGAUUCUGUACGAAAUCAUCCCCAGGGCUUAGGUCAAGCAUCCACUCAAUACGAUGAGUUUGUGAAUACGGCGCCGCAGAUGCAAGAUUCGUUUCAUUCUACUCUCCAGAGCGACGAAUCAAUGCAGAGCGCAUCAUUCCGCGAGCAGACAGCCGCUGAUGGCGCAGAUGUCGCCCAGUUACUUGCAAUGCCAGAAGAAGAGCCAAGGUACUUGGAGCUUGAUAAUUUGCUAUCGGAGCAUGAAGCUGCUCGCCUCCGAGAAGCACUAUUUGCGAAUAGUCCUUCGCAACCCGUUUGGAAUCACCUACUCAAUUUCAACCCAGAGUUUGUUUUGAAUCCGAGAAACUCUCAUCAAGCGAGGUCACACACAGGCACCGAGGACACAAUGGUGGCUCAGGAAAUAUGGUUGCAGCAAUGGCAAGAAGUUCUCAGCUCAUACACAGAUGCAGUUUGGGGAGAUCUGGGGUCUUUGGCAGAGGAAGCAAGGCAUGAAAUCGAGGCGCUCAAAUCUCAUGCAGAUACACGGAGUUCUGAGUCGAAGGCCUUGGGUCGUCUCCGGCAAAUUUUGGCUCAUAUAUGCGCUACGGAUUCCAAUAAUAACCCAGCCUGCUGCCCUCAAGGUGCUGUAUGCACUGGAACUGCUCCUGCUACUGCACCAACUGCUCCCGCUGGGUCACCUUCAUAUGUCCUCAAUUCAUAUUUUCCGUUCCCAUACGCCUCUACUACGUUUGGUAACAGUGCCGCCUGCUCUUCUGCUGUGCAGUCAUGUUCCAGAAAUUAUGACGCCUGCUUAACCAAGCUUCAGAACGGCAAUGGAUAUCAUGUUACUGUGGCUGUUCCAGGUGAUACUGGCACAACGGUCACGGGUGGUGGUGGUAGUUUUCCUGGUAGCCAGGCAACUUAUAUUUGUUCUAGCUUGAGCCUUGUGGCCUGUGAGGCUGUCGGCUCGGCAACCUGUACAUCAUUUGGCCAAGAUUCUGGUACCUGCAAUGUCACCCCGGCAUCGUCAUCUUGGCUACUGCUGCUACUGCUCGCUAUCAAUCUCACGUGGUAA